GUCACACUAAAAAGGCCGGCAAAAACAAACGAUUUUGUAAAAUUGCAAUUUGUUAAAACAACUGAAAAACAUGAAAGAAAAGGACCUUAAGCGAGCCUACAACAAUGUCAUGGCACAGACUAUAUCCGCCUCCCACCAGCACCUAUUCGCGGGCAACAGCUUCGGAGAUAUCUUCGUACUCAAGAUACAAGAGUUGGACAAGGGCACCGAGGAGCCGCCCGGCAAGCUGAAGAUCUUCCCUCAGGGAAAUGGCGUCGACAUCAACUGCCUGGCCUUCCACCGUGACUUCCUGAUUGUGGGUGCCGUAGGCCUGAUCUACGGGCUGCCAUGGAACGAGGAGGAGGAAACUCUGGCCGCAAAGCGCUCCUGGGAGGUGAAGAUUCCCAUGCAGGUGGAUGCCGUGGAGGUGCCCGACGUAAACUCCAUGUGGUUAAACGCGGAUAAUGACACCUUGUUCGCUGGCUGCGGCGACGGCGUCAUCUAUCAGGUGAGCCUGGAGGAUGGACGCAUUCAGCGGGAGUACCGUGGCCACACAGACUACAUUCACAGUGUGGUGGGCAAUGCCAGCGGACAGAUCUUCUCGGGGGCCGAGGAUGGCACGGUGCGCGUGUGGUCUACCAAGAAACAGGAACAAACCUCUUUGCUGGAGCCGCACAAGAACCCCCAGCUGAUCCGGCCGGACUGGGGCAAGUGGAUAGGUGCCGUCGCUGUCAGCGAGGACUGGCUGCUCUGCGGUGGUGGUCCCCGGCCCUCCAUUUACCACCUGCGCGCUCUGGAGUGCACCCGAGUAUUCGACUUUCCAGGACGCGUGCAUCUAUGCGAGUUUGUUGACGACAGCGUGUUCAUCGGCGGAGAGUACAACCAUGUGCAGUCAUAUACGUUGCAUGGAGAGCUGCAGGCCAAUAUUCCCGUGGAGCAUACAGCGUGCUACUCGGUGGUGUGGCAAACUGCUCCCAUCAACCUCAUGUCCAUUGCUGGCUUCAGUAACAAGCUGCACAUCCUGAAGGAUUUCCGCUUUUUGGACAGCAAGAUCGAGCUGUACGGCAAUGUGCAGGGAGAGGAUAACCAGGCGGAAGACGAGGAGGAGGAACUGAUUGAGGAGCCUCUGAUAGGUGAAGCCUCCUGAAGGUUAAAUAAAUCUCCAAUUUGAUACAGUUAUUACUAUGAAA